AUACACGAGGUUUUCAAGAUGGCGGCUGAAAAAGGCGACCACGAGUCGCGAAGACAUAGAAAAUCUGACUCUCACAGUCAUGAUGGUUCCCGAAACGAAGAAGAAGAAGAGCCUGAUUUCAGUGACCCAGAAGAUUUUGUAGACGACUUAACUAGUGAUGAGGUCCUGGUUGAUCUGAUGCGCUCAAAGCCAAAGGAGACUGACGGCAUCGACAGUGUCAUUGUUGUGGAUAAUGUCCCAGUGGUUGGAGUAGAGCGACAAGAAAAGCUGAAAAAUGUCAUCAGUAAACUAUUCACAAAGUUUGGCAAAAUUGUUAUGGAGUAUUAUCCACUGGAUAGUGAUAAAACUAAAGGAUAUAUUUUUCUGGAGUACACCUCUCCCAUGCAUGCUAUGGAAGCUGUCAAAACUGCAAAUGGUUAUAAAUUAGACAAGCAACACACCUUUUCUGUCAACUUGUUCUCAGACUUUGUGAAAUAUGGAGAUAUAGCGGAGGAAUGGUUAGCCCCCAAAAGACAGCCUUUCAAAGAUGUGGGUAACUUGCGAUACUUUCUCCAAGAGCCAGACUGUGUUGACCAAUACAGUGUGAUUUACGAGGGUGGAGAACGAACAGCUAUAUUUAAAAACUCGUCCAGGGAGCCAACAGUUAUAGAAGAGCGAGCGAGAUGGACAGAAACUUAUGUUCGCUGGUCUCCUCAAGGAAACUUCUUGGCCACCUUCCACGGCAAAGGAAAUGCUCUGUGGGGAGGUGAAAAAUUUGAUCAGAUCAUGAGGUUUAGUCACACUGGUGUUCAGCUCAUUGAUUUCUCUCCAUGUGAAAGGUAUUUAGUCACCUUCAGUCCAGUACCAAGUAACCCAGAGGAUCCGACAGCCAUUAUCAUCUGGGACAUCCGUACAGGGCAGAAGAAACGAGGAUUUAACUGCGAGACACAGUCCACCUGGCCCAUUUUCAAAUGGAGUCAUGAUGGAAGCUAUUUUGCCAGAAUCAGCCGAGAUACCUUAAGUGUAUAUGAGACACCAUCCUUUGGUCUAUUGGAGAAGAAAAGUCUAAAGAUCUGCGGAAUUCGUGAUUUUACCUGGUCACCAACUGACAAUAUAAUUGCCUACUGGGUGCCAGAGGAACAGAAUGUUCCGGCCCGUGUGACACUUAUCCAGAUACCAAACAGGAAGGAGCUCUGUGUGAAAAACUUAUUCAAUGUAGCCGACUGUAAAAUGCACUGGCAGAAAAAUGGUGACUAUCUCUGUGUGAAGGUAGACCGUUACUCCAAGGCCAAGAAAGUAGAUGAGAAAGAUCAGUACAAGUACAGCGGUAUGUAUUACAACUUUGAAUUGUUCCGAAUCCGAGAAAAACAGAUUCCAGUGGACAAAAUAGAAGUGAAAGAAAAUGUGAUGGCUUUUGCUUGGGAGCCUACUGGAAAUAAAUUUGCAUUCAUCCACGGUGAAAGUUCCAGGAUAUCUGUGUCAUUCUAUGUGAUACGUACACAUGGGAAGGUGGAACUAUUGAAAACCUUGGAGAGACGAACAGCCAACCACUUGUUCUGGAGUCCAUCAGGCCAGUUCAUAGUCUUAGCUGGUUUGCGCAAUAUGAAUGGAGUGUUGGAGUUUGUGGAUGCAUCUGAUGUGACCGUAAUGGCUCAGACGGAACACUUUAUGGCAACAGACGUGGAGUGGGACCCCACAGGUCGAUAUGUAGUGUCUGCUGUCAGCUGGUGGGGACACAAGGUUGACAAUGCUUUUUGGAUCUGGUCGUUCCAAGGCCGUUUGUUACAGAAGCAGCCAUUAGACAGGUUCUGUCAAUUGCUAUGGAGACCUAGGCCUUCUUCACUUUUAUCCAGUGAUUCUGUAAAGGCCAUCAAGAAAAACAUGAAGAAGUACACCGAGCAGUUUGAGAUGAUUGACAGACUUCGACAAUCCAACGUUUCAACUGAACUGCUAGAGAAACGCCGUGCAUUGAUGGCAGAAUAUGAGAGAUUCCGUGACAAUAAAACAGAGGAGUAUGAAGAGAUGAGAGACAGGAGGAUAGAGCUGCGUAACGGCAUUGAUUCAGAUGAGUGCUAUGGUGAGGAAUACGAUGAAGAGACAGUUGAAUUUUUGUUAUCUGUCGAGGAGACCAUCAUUGACGAGUAGACAGUUGGCUGUAUCCACUAGCCACCAGCAUACAUCACCGAAGGGCGUGACUCUAGACAGACUCAGUCUCAUAUAUUUACCACCAGCAGCCAUCUUGAAAACUGAUUCUGACUAGAGGGCAAGCUUGCAAUUUCAUGCAUUACUGUUAACUACAGUGGACAAUAAAUAUCUCCUGUUACAAUGAACUACCAAUUCAUAGUUGGAGAGAUUAACUCUGAGGAAGACAACAGUAAUUUUCCCUCAAAAAGUAGCUAUAUAAAUACCAUGAAUGAAUUAUUAAGUUAUUGCAUGACCUGUCAGCAGGUUCAUUGUGUCAUAGUGCUGCUGUGUUACAUAGUCCUUCAACCAUUGUGUAGCUACAGCUUCUUAUCUCUGUCUGUACUAUUUGGCCAUUAUUCAGGACAGUUCCCUGUUGCUUACAGGAUAGCGCUAUACUUUGUUAGUCUGUUUUGUUUUUCACGGGUGUGCAUUCAUGUGCACCAGUCUAUCCAGGGGAAACCAAGGGGAAUUUGUAAAUCAAAUAAAAUUUUCUUUGUGAUAUUUAAAAA